ACGGAGCUUUAAAAAUGCUUUGAAAACACGGGACAGCUGAAACAAAAUAUGUUAGCUAGCUUGCAAAUAACCUAACAAACAGCCGGUUAAAAGUCGAUUUAAUCAUUUAAGGUCGACAUUAAAAGAGUGUUUUAUCUACGCGUUUAGAUUAUUUACCUGAAUGCAUUCAUUGCGGUUGUUAUUUUUGCAUUUUGUGCCAUUUUAAUGCGUUAAAAAUACUAUGUUUGUGUGUCAAAAUCGGUUAAAACAGAGUAAAACUGCCAUGGUGGAGCACAGGGAGCUGCAGGACAUUUAGUUCUUUCCCAGAGAGACAUUCCUCCUCACUGUUUACCAAAGAGUUACACACUUAUAUUACACCUAUAGACAUAUAUAUUAUUAUUUAAACAAUCAUGGCUGCUGUAUUGCUCAGAAGAGGAACAGGAUUAUGUUGUUUUCACAGGGAGUUGUGCAGAGUUGUAUGGAGGUCACAAACUGCACUGUACAGCUUCAAACCUUCAGACAGAAGGACACACAUCAAGAAGGCUAAGACUCAGCCUGCGGUGGACGUCUCUAAACUCCUGGAGCAAAUCUUCUCUUAUCGCAGGCCGGGAUCAACGCCUCCUGCUGCUAAAGCUCGACCUACCACACCUCCCACCACCACCUCAAAUGUUCCUAAUUGUUCAAAGAGAGAACCAGCAGUCUCUCCUGCUUCUUCUAAUACCAAACAAGUUUCUGAGGAUCUUUCCAAAGUGACUGUUCCUGCUAGCAGCACAACAUCUGCAGCAUUAGCAUCAAACACUUCAGCAAUAGAAAGCCAAACUUUGACUGAAGCAAUAGAAACCCAAGAGGAAACUGACUCAGUCCUGCUCUCAUCAGCACACUCACAAGAGAAGAACAUGGAGGCUUCAUCUUCUUCAGCUCCUACAGUAGACACCUUGAUAGAAACUGCAUUAAAAUCAGUAGACCCUGAAAUAUCUCCUGUAGAAACAUUAGAAGCUAGACCUGCUGUUGCUGAGGGUGCAAUAGAUGCUCCAGCUGAAACAGUGACAGACUCAGAGGUCUCAUACACUACCAAGGAAGAACUUAUAUUAGCAACAACAGAAUCAUCAGUAGAAAUCUUCAAUUCUCCCGUGGAAACACUAGAAACUGGAGCUGCCGUUGCUGAAACUUCAAUAGAAAGUCCAAUGGAGGUUGAAGCAGAUACAACCACACACAAAGUAGAAACUAACACCACAGACUUAGAUUCUGGAAACCUCCCACACAUUGCAGAAGAAACACUAGAACCACCAGUAGAAGCUAACCAUGUUGCUUUGGAAUCACUAGACACUAUACCUCAUGUUGUUGAGGGUCCAGUAGACGUCACAGUACAUGUAGCAUCUCCAAAUGUAGAAACCCAAAGCACAGACUUGGGUUCUGUUAACCUCUUGCACACAGAUCAAGAAGACACUUUAAUAGAAACAAGCCAUUUUACUUUGGAAACAGAUACUCAAGCUGCUGUAGGUUCAAUAGAAACCACAAUAGAGGCCAAAGCAGACACAACUCAACAAAUACAAACCAACAGCACAGUCUCAGAUCCUAUAAACAUCUUGCACACUGACAAAGACCACACUUUAAUAGAAACAGUAGAACCACAAGUAGAGACAAGCCACUUUCCCGUAGAAACACUAGAAACGGAAGCUGCUGUUCUUGAGCAUCCAGUACAGAGUUCAAUAGAUGUCACAGUACAUGCUGAGAAAGUAGAAACCAAAAGCACGGACUCAGGAGUCUCAUCCAGCACCAAAGAAGAACCUUUAAUAGAAACAUUAGAACCAGUAGCAGCCAUACUUUUCCCAUUUGAACCAAUAGAAAUGAAAGCUGCUGAUGCUGAAGGGUCAGUAGAAGCUACAGUAGAGACUGAAGCAGAAAAAGCAACUCUGGAAAUGCAAACCAACAGCAUUGACUUGGGUCUUGUUCAUCUCUCACACACUACCAAGGAAGAACCUUUAAUUGAAGCAAUAGCAUCACCUGUAGAAGACAGCCAUGUUGCAUUGGAAACACUCAAAACGGAAGCCGCUGUUUCAGAACAUCCAGUCGAAACUACAGUACAAGUAGAAACCCAAAGCCCAGACUCAGGUUCUGAUAACCUCGUGUACACUGCCAAAGAAGAACCACUAAUAGAAACUACAGUAGAGACCAGUACCUCUGCUUUUUCUGAAGGUACGAUUGAGCCCACAAUGGAAACUGAAGAAGCUGAAAACCUCUCACAUGCUGCCUUAAUCCUGAAUGCACAAGACUCCUUGCCUUUGAAUAAUGAAUCAAAUGUAGAAUCAUGCUCGGUGAAUGUAGACGAGGCUCUGGUAGCGUCUUUAAAAAACAAAGAGCUCACCCUAACAACAUUUUUCGUCGAAGGAGAACAGCUGAAGGAGAUUGGAGCGAAUGACAAAGCUGCUGUGACAGAAACGGAGAAUUUAAGCGACGAUGAGCGAGAUGUUUUAACCCAAGUUCCUUCCUCUUUUUCGGAGGAUCUUCAUGGGUUAAAAGGAACUAGUGGCAUGUUAGUGAACGAGCUUCUCCGUCAUGUUCCUGCUGAGCUUUCCAAAACUCCUGAAGCAAAAGGAGAGCACACAGAGGAGGAGGAAGCCAUGACGCUGGAAUCGAUAACUUUAGCAAAAGCCAUGGGAGGGAUUCGGAGGUCUUGAAACAGAAGCUCUGUUAGAAACAAGGAAUGCACUGGAGGAAGACGCUGAGGUACUCGCCAAAGAGGAGACCACAAAAGAGGACGUUGUUUACGAGGACACGUCAGAGGAAGACAUGUUAACGCUGGAUUCUAUCUCUGAAGCUACAGAUGCAAUAGAAGCUGAGACCGCUGUCAUGCUGGAGGCCAUACUCGGUCUUAAACAAGCAGCGAGGCAGCAGGAAGAAUGGCAGAAUGGUGAAUCUAUUGUCCAGGAAGCAGAACAGGAGUCCGUAGAGCAGCAAGUGAGCGCGUUGGAGGCUAUGGGUGAAGUUGAGGCAUCUCUGGAAACACUGGAGAACGAGUCUCUGAGCGAAACCACCGAUAAUCUGGAGAGAGAAGCUGAUUCUGGAGAUGAGGAGGAUGUGGAGGCGACUGAGACUCUGAAGAUGUCUGAAGAUCUGCAGAGAGAUGUCCUGACGGAGGAGCGGUUCAUUUCUGUUCCUGGACACGAGGAAGGAGUAGGCCCUGUUGGUCCGGAGGUCAUAAGAGCGGAUAUUUUGGAGGCUGCUGUAGUUACCGAAGAUUUGAAGGAGGAGAAGAUGGAGGAGAAGAUGGAGGAGAAGAUGGAGGAGAAGGGAACACAGACUGGAGCCCUGAGUGAUGAAUACGCCUCAGGAACACAUGCAGAUUUAGAUCCGGUACAGAGACUCUUCCUGGAGAAGAUCAGAGAAUACAACAACAUGCACAGGCUGAAUGGAGGUCUGCUGGAGGAAGAUCCAGAUUACGAUAAACAUCUUUCAGAGGAGAGAGCGAAGCUGCAGAGGCUUUACGGAGGAGGAGAUCUGAGCAGCUUCCCUCAGUUCAGCUUCAGCGAGCCUGAAAUGGACAAGGAGUCCAAAUGAUCCACGACGUCUUCAUCCUACACAUCUUGAUCUUUAACGAACGUCUCUCUGAUAGUUUUAAUUUACUACAUGGGAGAACAGAUUUGAGGGAAGAAGAAGCACAUGAUGUUUGUUUGUGUGAUCUGCCGUUAAAACAAGGGAUUUUAAUCUUGUUUGUCUCUACUGUGCAAUAAUGAUAGUAACAAAUGAUAUAUUAUAUUUUAUUAAAGCAACACUUU